GGCUCUUGCUAGCCUGGCCCCAGCGAGGCAGGGCAUCAGUUUCCCUCUCCAGAGGCCUUUCUUCCCCACCUAUUGCCCUUCUCAAUCCUGUCCCUUCUUGCAGGAGCAACCUUCCCAGCAGAAAAUUCCAUUCUGCCCCAAGGACUCUCCUCCUUACUGCCCCUCACCCCGGGGAACGCAGGCUGCCCCUCUGAUGCCUGCAGACUCCCUUCUCCCUCUUUCCUAACCGACGGUGGGCAUUUUCCAAUUUGGAGGUGAGGAGGAAAAACUAGGUUAUUUUCAGCUCUUCCUUUACUGGCAACAUUGACCCAUUUAUCCUUCUCUUCCUUCAGACCUCUCCCCCAAGGCCACUUAUGUUGGACAUCUGUCCCAGCCAAAAUCUCACCUUCCACUGUCCUUGCAGCCCAAAGGCUAGUCCAGCCUCUGAGUCCAGCUCUAGCCCUCUCUCCCCACACUAGGAAGGAAGCUGGACUGUAGAGUGCUCUGGGCCACCCCGCGUUAGCUGCUGCCUCUGGCCUGUUUCCCCUUCUGUGCCUCCGUUUCCCCAACUGCUCAGAUUAAUGAUGCCUGCUCUCUAGACCCAGAGGACGAAGCUCUAGGGAGGUCACAGAUGAGGAAGGGUCCAGUGCUCGGCGCAGACUCCGUGCGGAGCCCCUAGGCCCCGCAGCUCGCCCCUCCCUCUCCCCUACUCCCCUCCUCUCCCCCUCCCGCCUCUCCCCCGCCUCUUCGCUCUCGCUCGGCUCCCUCUCUAGCUGACCUUCCCUUUCCCUCACGCCUCCCCACGCCCGGCCCCAGGCCCCAGCACCCUGUCCGCUGCCGCCUCAGAGCCGGGAGAAGCAGCCGGAGCCCCCGCCGCCCCCGCCGCAGCGCGGGCGGUCAGUGCGCAGCCCGGCACCCGCAGCCCGCAGCCCGCAGCCCGGAGCCAGAUCGCGGGCUCAGACCGAACCCGACCCGACCGCCGCCCCCAGCCAGGCGCCAUGCUGCCGCUUCUGCUGGGCCUGCUGGGCCCAGCGGCCUGCUGGGCCCUGGGCCCGACCCCCGGCCCGGGCUCCUCUGAGCUGCGCUCGGCCUUCUCGGCGGCACGCACCACCCCCCUGGAGGGCAUGUCGGAGAUGGCGGUGACCUUCGACAAGGUGUACGUGAACAUCGGGGGCGACUUCGAUGUGGCCACCGGCCAGUUUCGCUGCCGCGUGCCCGGCGCCUACUUCUUCUCCUUCACGGCUGGCAAGGCCCCGCACAAGAGCCUGUCGGUGAUGCUGGUGCGAAACCGCGACGAGGUGCAGGCGCUGGCCUUCGACGAGCAGCGGCGGCCAGGCGCGCGGCGCGCAGCCAGCCAGAGCGCCAUGCUGCAGCUCGACUACGGCGACACAGUGUGGCUGCGGCUGCAUGGCGCCCCGCAGUACGCGCUGGGCGCGCCCGGCGCCACCUUCAGCGGCUACCUAGUCUACGCCGACGCCGACGCUGACGCGCCUGCGCGCGGGCCACCCGCGCCCCCCGAGCCGCGCUCGGCCUUCUCGGCGGCGCGCACGCGCAGCUUGGUGGGCUCGGACGCUGGCCCCGGGCCGCGGCACCGACCGCUCGCCUUCGACACCGAGUUCGUCAACAUUGGCGGCGACUUCGACGCGGCGGCCGGCGUGUUCCGCUGCCGUCUGCCUGGCGCCUACUUCUUCUCCUUCACGCUGGGCAAGCUGCCGCGUAAGACGCUGUCGGUUAAGCUGAUGAAGAACCGCGACGAGGUGCAGGCCAUGAUUUACGACGACGGCGCGUCGCGGCGCCGCGAGAUGCAGAGCCAGAGCGUGAUGCUGGCCCUGCGGCGCGGCGACGCCGUCUGGCUGCUCAGCCACGACCACGACGGCUACGGCGCCUACAGCAACCACGGCAAGUACAUCACCUUCUCCGGCUUCCUGGUGUACCCCGACCUCGCCCCCGCCGCCCCGCCGGGCCUCGGGGCCUCGGAGCUACUGUGAGCCCCGGGCCAGAGAAGAGCCCGGGAGGGCCAGGGGCGUGCAUGCCAGGCCGGGCCCGAGGCCCGAAAGUCCCGCGCGAGCGCCACGGCCUCCGGGUGCGCCUGGACUCUGCCAAUAAAGCGGAAAGCGGGCACGCGCAGCGCCCGGCAGCCCAGG